UCUUUUAAUCAAAAAAAGAUUAAAAACAAAAAUGUAGGUAAUUUCCUAAUUUUUCUGCCACAACAAAAAAGCUUUGCUGCAGAGCACAGUAAAUCCACCAUAAUCAGAUUUAAGGUUUAUUCCCAGUCGACAGCGCAGUGACAGCAGCUCUCAUUGGCCACCUGUUGCCAAAUGUUUCUGCAGCGACUUGUUGCCGUUUGUCUGAAAAGCAAACAGCACAGAUUCCCUUGUUCUCGUAGACGGAGCACCAACUAAUCAUCUGUCAUCCUCUCAGGUACAAAUUCAUAUCCGACAAACGGUAGGAGAUAAUUGUGGGCUACUUUGUGUUGCUGUGAGCUUAUUAUAAAAAGGUUUAAUUGCCCAUAAAGGUACAAAAAGAACAUUUCCCAGACAAUUCAGUUGAUUUCUCAUCUAGAAACAGCUUGAGAUCAUAAAGUUUGUUUUUAUGCGUUUCUUAUAUUAAUUCUCUUUUUUUAAUCAGAUCUACGUUGUUAAAUCCGGAUGUCUGACUCAGUCAUCAUGGUUAUGAACAGAGCAGCAGACUUUUGGUAAAGCUGGCAGUUUCCAUCUCUUCUCCUACUCUGAAAACAUGGCUUGGUUGACGGUGCCUGUCGACCUGCUUUCCAAAUGUCUUGGCCUAUUCACCGAUGUGUGGCUGACUCUUGUGUUUGGCUUCCUAAUUGUGCCGGCUGUGUUUGGAUUUCCUUUUGGGAUCCAUAAAUACUACGUGAGGAUACUUCUCAGUAUAUUUGAGUGGACAACAUUACAAAUGGAGCUAAAGGCAAAAGAGAAGAAUCAUCAACUCUACAAACACUAUACCAAUGGUAUCAUAGUCAAAGUCCCAGAUUCAACUUUGAAGCAGGAAAUUCAAGAUCUACGACAUAGUGCUGGUUGUCCGAGUCUGGAGCCACGGUUUGAACUGGCUGAUGUUUUCUUCUUCUGUCGGAAAGCCUUGGAGAACAUUAUAGAUGAUGAUGUGACCAAGCGCUUCUCGGCCCAGAAGUUGGAAAACUGGAACUUGCUCACCAGGAGCAACCACAACUUCUGCUACAUAAGUCUAAAAGUUUUAGCCCUGUGGAUUCUGGGAGUUUUAAUCCGCUAUGGUGUACUGCUCCCUUUCAGAGUAACUGUGGCUAUCACAGGUAUUUUUCUGUUUAUUGUUUUAAGUACCGUGGUGGGAUUAAUACCCUGCACAAAGCUGAGAACCUACCUUAGUGACAAGGUGCAUCUGAUGGGUUAUCGCCUCUGUGUUAGAUCUCUGACUGGAAUCAUCACCUAUCACAACAGGAAAAACAAACCAAAGAAUGACGGCAUCUGCGUGGCCAAUCACACGACACCAGUAGAUGGGAUCAUCCUGGCCAAUGACCGUUGCUACUCUUUGGUUGGGCAGUUACACGGAGGCUUGCUGGGAAUGAUCCAGAGAGCCAUGGCAAAAUCCUCUCCUCAUAUAUGGUUUGAGCGAGAUGAAGUCAAAGACAGACGCCUAGUGGCCAAAAGGCUCAGGGAUCAUGUUGCAGAUGAAAACAAACAUCCUGUCCUCAUCUUCCCUGAAGGUUCUUGUGUCAACAACACGUCGGUGAUGAUGUUUAGGAAGGGGAGCUUCGAAAUUGGCUGCACCAUCUAUCCUGCCGCCAUUAAGUAUGAUCCUCGCUUUGGAGAUGCUUUUUGGAACAGCAGUAAAUUUGGUUUGGUGGGAUACCUUCUGAGGAUGAUGAGCAGCUGGGCCAUCGUCUGCAGCGUUUGGUACUUGCCACCAAUGAACAGGAAGGAAGGAGAGGACGCCAUGCAGUUCGCCAAUCGAGUAAAAGCUGCCAUAGCUGCCCAGGGAGGGCUAGUGGACCUCAUAUGGGAUGCCGGACUGAAACGAACCAAAGUGAAGGAUACUUUUAAAGAAGACCAACAGCAGCUUUACAGCAAAAUACUUCUGGGUGACCAUGAAAACCACAACCUCCCGGAAAGCUGAUGUCCAGACAGGAGACAAAGAAGAAAACCAGUAUAGUUACAGGCUAUUAUCUUCUGUUUAGUAAUUCAACACAUGGUGGUAAGACUCAUUAACAAACAAUGAAGGUCGCGUCUUCAAGUCUUUCAAAUAAAAUUGGUUCCGGGUCAGAAAAUUUGAAGAGUUGUUAACUUUAAAGGUCAAACUAUUACAUAGUAAGUCUGUUUUGUUCUCAAAUCUCUCUGAUGAUUUAUUAGGAAAUCACGUUCUGUGACCCAGUGAAAUCCUAAUUUAGCAGAACCUUAUAGAUGCAGCGACUGCAUCUAUACUGAGACUAUAGAGCUGCCAGCAUUUGUAAGUCAGUUUACUAAUUGGCUCAAGACUCUGUUCGUCUGCAGCUUUAAUCUUCUGCACACAACGAAGGUGAAACACAUUGUUAGUUUGAUAGCUGUUGGUUUAUUAUUUCACUGGACAUUUCUGGUUUAUUUUAACUGAGCCUCAUUGUAUUGUUUUACAACUGGAAUAUGUUGAAAUUAUGUACUUGACUUUAAAUUUGUCUGUAUGAUUAGACUGAAUUGUCCGUUUUUUAUAUAAAGUGCCUUGAGAUGUUAUCGCUACAAACAUAAAACUGAACUGAAUUAUCAAAUUUCAAUAAGUGUUUUUCUCUUGUUUGCCUCUCUCUAACAGCAGGAGUCACUAUUUCACAAAAACAGCAAAUCUACUUCUGAACUAAAUACAUUUUCUAGGUAUAUCAUUUUGAGGAUGAGGAAGCCUAAUGGAUGCAAAAGAAGAAGCAGAAACUCAGUUCUGUAACGAGUAUGGAGGUCCAAAACGAAAAACAUGGAGACACAGGUGAAGCCUCACUGCUCAUUAGGACUGAGGGU